GGAGAACCUGGAGGACUUACUGUUGAUGAUACUCCAACUGAAUGCAUAAUUUCUUGGGGGCAACCAAGAGAGCCAAAUGGAGUGAUCACAAAAUAUACACUCUAUACAGAGGUCUUGAAAAUGGGCACAGAUGUUGUGGAUAAAACUGAUUGGACGGAAGUACCUGGUUGUCAAUUGCAGAUAACAUUUAUGAAGGCAGAGUUAGCUUCCUUUUCCAUAUUUCGUUACUCUGUCACUGCUUCGACUGCACCUGGCGAAGGGGUUACUGCUACCACUACAGACACCUGCGAAACACCACAAGGAGUGCCUGUUGAGCCAGAUACCAUACCUUCCCCUAGUGAUAAUGCAAUCUCUCAGACAAGCUUCAUGACAACGUUGCCGCCCCAUGAUGCACGCAAUGGGCCCAUUAGUUGUUGCGAGGUGAUUGUUGUAGAACUGCAAAGUGGUGAUGCAGACCUAGAUUCUUCAGACCCUAGUUACAGUCCUGCACAGAUCAUGAGCUACAAGGAAGCACAGAACACCAUAGGAACACCAUAUAGUGCUGUAGUAUUUAGCAACUGUCCAACUGAUGAAGUUAAAGUUGUUAUAGGUGCAACAACUGACAAUUCAUCGACCUGUUACACUGGAGGUUCGGCUGGAAGUGCUAGUAGAAGAAGGAGACAAACAACAAGUGCCAGUACUCUCACCGCCGUCAAUGGCCCUCUCAAUACCGGUGGGAUCUACUCUACCUUUGUCAGAGUCUAUACUCCCUCUCCAGAAGAUCCUCAGAUGGCCUUCUAUGAGAGUGGACCCUUCAUGGUCCCAGUCACUUUAAAAAGCAGUGACACGCCUGUGACUUUGACGAUCGUAUCUGUAAUCGUGAUUCUUGUUCUCAUCUGUGUCAUCAUGAUAUUCAUUUGUAUUCGAAAACGCAAAAGAUCUCGACAGCAAGGGAACAGGAGUUCUCCCAUCGCUUCGGCAAGCUUCACCACGACUCCCCGUAUGUGCACAGACUUGUUACCAGCAAAUUCACCAACAAGCUCUGGAAACCAACAAGUAGAAGAUGUAUACCAUGAAUAUGAAAGGGUGUGCGUUAGCGGGCAGGACUCGUCGAAAUCGAGCACCCGUGCGAACCAAGGAACGAGUCAGGGAAUCUCCUUGACCAAGACGAAGUCGACGUCGGAAAACGACCAGUCGCAUGAUUAUGAGAAUCCGUCCUUCGAUGAUAAGGAAUAUACUGACCUUGAUUUCUCUCAAGUCAAGAAGGGUGGUGAUCCAACGAAGCCGACGUCCUCCGGUAAGGAAUAUACUGACCUCGAUUUCUCUAAGAUCGAGAAGGGCGGUGUUCCAACGAAGUCCUUUGACGGUAAGGAAGAUGUGGAUCCGGCCUAUGAAGUUUGUAUCAUAUAGAAUGUCAAUCAAAUAGAUUUCAAGUCUUUUACAAAAAUCGAAUUACAUCAAGAUAUACACUUGAAAUAUCUAUUGAAGACAGUCAUGAAGAUUAUCAUAACAAAGAGAAUUACCUUAUAGAUUUAUCAAAAGUAUGUACAGUCAAACCUGUUUAUAGCAACUGCCAAAGGGAAACACAAAAAGUUGUCUUUGU